GCCGACAUAAAACCACAAACGGACGGCUGUAACGGGCUGAAGUACAAUUUGAACGUAGACACCAUCAACUCCAUCUACAAGACGUACCCGGCGGUACGGCGGAAGUUCUUCGAGUACGUGCCGGGCCGAAUGUCGGAGUCCGAGUUUUGGACGCGCUUCUUCCAGUCACACUAUUUCCAUAGGGAUCGGAUCAAUUUGAGCAGCAAGGACCUGUUUACCGACUGCGCCCGACAGGAUGAGAAAGUGAUCCAGCAGGAGCUCCAGGAGGAGCUGGACGACCCGAUGCUGGACCUGCGGAGGAUGACCGACUCGACGGUCGGCGAUGGCUACGGCAGCGACAGCAGCGCGGUCGGAGUCGGCCAGACCAACACGGCCACCGUCAGCAUGAUCAGACGGUUUAACCAGCACUCAAUAAACGUUCUGAAGGCGAGUUUGACCCCAGAGGGUGUGGCGGCGGCGGCAGCGACUCCGGCCAAACCCCAGCAGAACGGCCAGUCGAACGGAGAGGCCAGCUCAGCGGCACCGCCGGCCGAGAGGGACCCCGCCGCCAAGAGGGCUCGUCUGGAGGAGCGCACCUGUUACGAGGACCUCGAGGCGGCGCCACCGUCCGCCGGCCAGCCGCUUAGUCUCACCAAGGUGGAGCGGUACCUCAGCGGACCCACCCCGGACCUGGCACAGCUGGGCAGCGAGCCACCCUCGGCCAGCGCCGCCCGCCGGCUCAGAGAAAACGUCCUCCACUGGCGGCCCUUCACCAAUAAGGUGUUAGACCCUCAGACGGCCGUCAGCGUCCUGGGUGAUCUGUCCCCGGGAGGAGCAUUGAUGAAGACGUCGCACAAAGAUAGAAACGCCUCCGCCGACCUGCCCGAUCAGGUGAAGACGGAGCUUGCUGCCAUCUACCGGUCAGCGGGCGAACUAUUGCGGCACUUCUGGGCGUGCUUUCCCGUCUCGACGCCUGCUCUGGAGGAGAAGGUAGCGAAGAUGGAGGACACACUACAUAAAUUCCACCAGCUCAAAAUACAAAACUUUGAGGACACGGUGUGCCGCCAGGCCGGCCUGGGCCCCGAGGUCACGGCCCAUCUGAACCAGAUGCUCUCGGCGGCCUACGCCAAGUACGAGUCGUGGCGCUCUCUGCGCCGCUCCCUGCAGCGGUAGCCGAGGCCCACCGAACGUGCCGGCCGAACUAGGGCCGGCACGACACCCGCGUCCGGCCGCAGAUCCGCCUUUCCUAGUCGCACCAGCGCGCAGUGCUCACGCGCGCCCGAGCGCCGGCCAAACGGCUCCACCGGCGCCGCUCGGGAAUGUUCCAGAUGUGUUUUUGAGCUGCACCUGAAGGUAGUGCAUGUCCAGACGGCGCCUGCGCGACCCAGAGGGGAUGACUGUGACUCAUGUUCCGUGCUUUCGCGUUGGAUCCGUGUUGAGACUGGUGCCCGUAUGGUGUCGGUUGGCGGUGGGUUGGGGUGUGUCUGAUCCGCUGCAGAGGGUUUGUGGUCGCGUCAGGUCGCUCGAGGCACCGCCAGUGGUCAGUGUCGGUCGACUCACGCUCCGGUGCCCCGCACGCACACACACGUGCGUUAAUUUAUCAGUCCCGAUCCAGUGAAUGAGAUUGUUUUGUGCGUGUUCCUGCUCGUGAUGAAGGCCGUGAAACGUGAGUCACGGCCGAGCGAUAAACAGCAAAUAACGGGCCGCUGUUAACGUGUAUUGAGAUACAAAUACAGUUGACCAUUGUA